AUAUCUAUUUCAGCCAUGUCCACAUUCGCAAGAGUAAAAACUUUGAUACCAAUUAUUUUAACUAUACAAUACAGCUACGCGAUGGCCACUACGCAGCAAACCUGGCGACCCAAAGUUCUGGUGACCAACAAGGAAACCCCGGAAAAAGGCAUAACCAUUCUUCGGCACAAAUGUGACGUGAUUUUUCCGGAGAAUGUUCCAGCUACCAGAGAAGAAAUUUUGAAGCUCAUUCCCGGAGUGGAUGGAAUCAUGUGGGUCGGUCACUAUGCGCUGAAUGGAGAGGUGCUGGAUAUCGGGGCCCCAACGUUGAAAUCCAUUUCCACCAUGUCGGCUGGCAUGGAUUACGUAGACAUUGCAGAAUUCAAGCGACGUAAUUUUCCACUAGGAUACACGCCCACCGUUCUGAACGAUGCCGUUGCGGAUGAGGCAAUCGGUUUGAUGAUCGCUGCUGGACGGCGCUUCCACGAAGGACGAUUGAAAAUUGAUAACUCACAAUGGCAGGGUGGUCCACAGUGGAUGCUCGGACGGGACAUCAAGGGAAGCACCAUUGGUAUAAUUGGGCUCGGCGAGAUUGGACUAACUAUUGCCAACCGACUGAAGGGAUUCAAUGUGGGAGAAAUCAUCUACAGUGGAAGGAAACACAAACCGGAAGCUGACGAGAUUGGUGCCAAAUUUGUGUCGCAGACGGAACUGCUGAAGGAGAGCGACUAUGUGUUCGUCUGCGUACCUUUGAACAACAGCACCAGACACAUGAUCAACGAGACCACGCUGAAGCUCAUGAAGCCUACGGCGGUUCUCGUCAACAUUGCCCGCGGAGAGAUUGUAGAUCAGGACGCGUUGGUGGCUGCCCUAAAGAACGGCACAAUUUUCGCUGCCGGCCUGGAUGUGAUGAACCCGGAACCACUGCCCGCGGAUAAUGAGCUGCUGAAGCUGCCCAAUGCUGUGAUCGUACCUCAUCUGGGAUCUGCCACACAAAGGACACGCGAGGACAUGGCGGUCAUUGCGGCACACAAUGUACUUGCCGGAAUAGCGGGAACGCCCAUGUUGUCACCUUAUCCGUAUUGAAUUGUCGAAAACAGCAACAUGAUGCCUUUGAUUGUACCUAAAUAACAUUUGGAUUUGCUUGAUUACCUAUAUACAUG